UUGUAAUUUAUGAUUUGUGCAAAAUUGGCGUCCGAAGCUGAAACGUGUUGUUAAAUUAUCAAAAUAUUUGCUAUUUUACGUGAAAUAAUCUCUUUUGUAUAACCGAAACAUAAUUUACUAUUAUAAUCAAUCUAAAUUAUAUACUUUGAACAAGACAACCAACAUUAUGGCGACCGUACAAGCAAAACAAUGGCCGGUGAGACCGGGUAUUCAACAUCAAAAUAGUCAAAACGCAGCCAGUCUGACUCUAAAUAGAUCGAUUAAUCUAUAUCCCUUGACUAAUUAUACGUUUGGAACCAAAGAACCUCUGUUUGAAAAGGAUGCUUCAGUUCCAGCGAGAUUUCAAAGGAUGCGUGAGGAAUUUUCCAAGAUUGGCAUGAGGAGAUCAGUAGAGGGCGUAUUAUUAGUACAUGAGCAUGGUCUCCCGCAUGUCUUGUUAUUACAACUCGGAACUGCAUUCUUCAAAUUGCCUGGUGGAGAACUCAAUCCAGGAGAGGAUGAAAUUGAAGGACUGAAACGAUUGCUAACUGAGACACUCGGUCGACAAGAUGGCGUGAAACAAGAUUGGCUCAUAGAAGACACUAUUGGCAACUGGUGGCGACCGAACUUCGAACCGCCACAAUAUCCAUACAUACCGCCGCAUAUAACAAAACCGAAAGAGCACAAACGCCUGUUCCUUGUACAGUUGCAAGAUAGAGCUCUAUUCGCUGUGCCAAAGAACUACAAAUUGGUUGCGGCACCCCUGUUUGAAUUAUAUGACAAUGCCCAAGGGUAUGGGCCUAUAAUUUCGUCGCUGUCGCAGAGCCUGUGUAGAUUUAACUUUGUCUAUAUGUAAUUUUUGUUUAGAUGGUGUGUAAAUGUUUGUGUUAUUGAUUUUUUUUUGUUAGUGGAGGUUUAAAUACAGUUUUUUUAAUAAUAGAGUAACUAAAAGCGGGUCUAAAAUAUAUUAAAACUGUGGUCUAAAAGUCUUAUUACAAAACAUGUUUUAGCGUUAAAUCAUAGAUAAGGACAAGUUUAAACCUCUGGCAAAGUUAAACCGUGACUUUAUAGUAUUGGUUUAAAACAGACUUAUAUUUAAGUUUGUGUAAUAAGACUGUUUUAGCUGUUGCAGUUUUAUUCCAGUAUAUGUAAAGGAAUCUAUUGGAAAGAAUUUACUUUUAAAUUGUGUUAGUUUUUGUUUAAAUGUUCUUUUAAGCUAGGGAAUAGUAAAAUUGGUAAAAACUUGCUUAUAAAUAAAAUAAUAAAAAAAAAAAAAACAAUAACAUAAGCAUUUUUGUAGUAUGUAUUUGUGAGUGGCAAUACUGAUUAUUUACAAAUAAAAAAAAAAUUAUACUUAAAAAAUUUUUAAAAAGUACAGUAACGUAUUUUCUUUACCAAAUGCAUUUUUUUGCUAAUAACACUUACAUUUUACGAGUAAGUAUUUAAAUAAUUUCGAGUGUUGCCACAGUGUGAAUUAUCUCAUGAUGGACGAAUGUAAAAUUAGUUAUUAAGUAAUACUGACGUAAUACGAACAGAAAAACAA